AGUGUGUGCGCGGGCGCAGUGCGAGCGGCUUCCGUCUGUUUACUGAACAGUGCUACUGCCGACUGAACAUUUAUUGUACAGUUUAUCUGUUGACUGAACAUAUGAGUUACAAUGGUCGAUUACAGCUGAGAGUGUUUUCUUCGGGGAGCCAUGCCCUGCGGGAGUCGAAGCAGCUGAACGUGUGCUGAAAUGUUGAAAAAGGAAUCGAAGGGCAAGAUGUCGGAGGAGGGCAGCACCGGGGAGGGGCAGUUCAACCUGGAGGGCAUCCUGAGCGAGCUGGGCAGCUUCGGCAAGUACCAGCUGCUGCUGCUGCUACUCCUCGCCUUCCGUGAUUCCUUCCUCAACAUGUGUAACUUUAACUACGUCUUCACUGCCGCUGAGGUCGCUUACAGAUGUCACGUACCGGAAUGUGAGAAAACCGACAUCAGAUUCAACGCGAGUUGGGUGUCAUCGAUCUUGUCGAAUAGAUCGGAAGCGUGUCAUAGAUUAACACCGCACAGAGCGGACAAUGUCACUGAGGUCGAAGGCUUGUGGAAUCUGAAGGUCGAUAAUAGUAGUUGCUCUUUGCGGAUGUUUGAUGAGAAAGAGACAAUGCCCUGUGAAAAGAUCGUAUAUGAAGACUACAAUAGUAUUGCUGCGGAGUUCGACCUGGGUUGCCAGCCGUGGAAGCGGACACUAAUAGGAACUGUUCAUAAUUUAGGACUUGUCUUCUCUUUCAUUGUAUCCGGUGUUAUAUCCGACAGGUACGGUCGUAAAGUGAUAAUUGUGGUGACUCCACUAAUGGUGGGCGCAGCGGGACUUCUCAAAUCCUUCUCCGUCAAUUACUGGAUGCUCCUUAUCCUUGAAUUUCUAGAAACGGCACUAGGAUACGGGAACGCAUCUCUUGUAUUAUCACUUGAAACAGUCAGUCAGAAGAGCAGAGUAGUAUACUCCUGUAUAGCUGACAUCCUCUCAAACUUUGGGGGAGCAUUUUUCGGUUUGAUAGCCUGGAAGAUCCCCUACUGGCGGCACAUGAUGCGGGCUAUUUACGCUCCACUGCUGGUCGUGGUCUUCUACAUAUUUCUAGUAGACGAGGGAGUCCGGUGGCUCCUCGCACAUAACAAGAAGGACGAAGCUGUACGAGUACUGAACAAAGUUGCUAAGAUCAAUAAUAUCACAUUAUCGAACAAAGCAAAAGCAAUGCUGACUAAAAUAACUGAAGAGAGAAGUAAAGCUGAUCAGAUAGUACAAACACGUUCUGAAGAUCCACCUCCCAUCUUCUCUGUGCUGCGCUCAAAGAAGAUAGUCCUCCGCAUCGCCUUGAUCUCCGUCAGCUUCUUCUGCUGCAUGUUCGUGUUCAGCGGCGCCAUCAUCAACUCCACCAGCAUCUCCGGCAACAAGUACCUCAACUUCUCUGCCAUGAUGCUGGUGGCCAUCCCCACACGCAUCAUCACGGCGCUCACCCUCACCAGGUUCGGCAGGAAAACGCCGAUCUGUGUCGCCUACUGUCUUUGUGCUACGUUCUUCAUGGCUUCUGCGUUUGUGCCUAAAUCGAUGUGGUGGGCAUCCCUGGUGUUCUACCUGGCGGGCAAGAUGUGCAGCAGCUACGGGCUGUUCUCGAUGCUGGUGGUGACGAUGGAGGUGUUCCCCACCACGUCGCGCAACUCCCUCACCAACGUCGCCAACACGGUGGGCCGCCUCGGCUCAGUGCUGGCGCCGCAAGCGCCGCUACUGGGCCAGUAUAUGUCUGGUUUACCUAGCGUAGUGUUCGCUUUAGUAGCACUAGGCCCUGCUGUGCUCGCCCUCUUCCUCCCAGACACGAGCAGGACGCCGCUGCCCGACCGGGUCGCUGAUGCUGAAAGACUUGAUGAGUCGCCCGACCCUACACUAGAGAGGGUCACGACAUCCUAACAGUGAUAGGAAAGAACAGUACUUUUUUGUUAGUACAGUCGGGAAAACUGACGGUGUUCAUAAUAUUACAAUCGCUUGAAACGAGACGCGAAACAAAAAAAUUACGUCUUUACGAAAAAUUUAAUCUGUGUUACACAGUUUCUUUUUAUUAUUUAAUUGCACCCUCUUUUAUAAUAAAAUAUUAUUUAUUGGUCAAAACAGGUACAGAACAUAUAAAAAUAAAACAAAAAACAGUUCUCGAUCAAAAGGAGAAAGCUCAGCUGAUGCGGCCUCCAGCUUCACCCUGAAGGCCGCGCUGGUUUUCCCUCCCCUUAACUUCAAUUGAAUGGUUCAAUUUAUUAUAUUAUUUAUCUAAUAAAUAUUAGGAUGCGGAGUUUAUCUCGGUUUCAAUAAACAAUAUUUUUCAAGAAGGAACACCGCAGAUUUCCACGACUGUACAUUCCAGUUGACUCGACACUGCAUUAUUUGCUCUAAUGUUACACUCGUUUGCAACAAGACUGUGCCAAUAUUACCGCGUGGCAAAUGAACAAAUUGUACAAGUGGAAUGUGACGUCAUAAAGUGUGAAAUUGACAAUAAGUGUGAUUUUUUUUAGUGUAAGUGUACAGUGUAGAAUUAAAACUCAAUUUUUGAGUAAAC